AUUAUUUUAAAAUGUUUUACACGCCGUACAUUUAUUUACGCACAGCUGGUUAAAUCAACCGCACGCAACAGUUUGAGAGCUGUGGUAUGUACAUUACACACUGUGCUGUAUAAACAAUUCGCAACAGCUAUUCACCUCUUUCGCACACACGCUUACAGGCUUUGAAAACAACCACCACUAAAUGUCACAGCAAACAGAUAAGGGCAAAGAAUUCCCAACUACUGUCUGUUUUUUCAGUUGACAAGCGCGUCGUGAAUUUUUGUGUAGUUUUCGUUUAUUCUCCGUUAAAAUUUCGUGUUUUCAACAAAAUAACGCCAUUAAAAUUGUGUAAAAUUAGUGUGAGUGAAAAUUCGGGGUGAAAAAUAUGCGUUACCGUUGAAAAAUUGUGAAAAACAACGCACGUGGGCGUUAAAAACAAGAAAAUCAACUGUGGCUGAUUGGAGUGAGGCGGCUUUUCCAAUUGGUAACGUUCCCACUGGCGGUGCGUGUUUGUGCAUGUGUGUGCAGGCGAGCGCCUGUUUUUGACAGCUAACAAAAAUCGAUUUGUUUACAUAUGAAUUAUAAAGAAUUUGUAGCAUUUUUAUUCAAGCCAAAGUGAUUUGAUGAAAGCUUGCAAGCUUCUAAGUUUACGAAAAUGCAUAGAAGUGUAGCGCUAAUAAAAAUUUCGCUAAAUAACGGCGCUCAACCGGCCCAUUGUGUUGUUUUUGUCUAGUGACUGCUAACCUUAGCCGGCACAGCGGAGCCACUUUGCGACGCUGACUGCGACUGCGACGUAAACGUCUGCCUUUGUUUGUGUGUAAUUGCUGCCGUUUGGUUAAAAUUGUAAUUACAAUCAGUGAAUGCAGUUAAAUUCUGCUAUUGCAGCGUUUUUUGCAAGAAUGCUGCUAAAUUUUAGUGUAAUAUAUUAAAAAGCCGCCAGCUUAGUGUACGAAACGAGUUUCAACUCGCAAUUUGUUGCGUUGACGCCUUUGGUCAGCACCAAAACAAAAGUUACCUGGAGUGUGGAUCCAAAGAAGUGCGAGUUGUGCGUGGGUGGGUGUACUGCCGCCACCAAGUCGCAUACGCUAUACAUACAUAUGUACCUAGUGUUGUGCAAGAUAAAAUGCUGAAAAUAGUAUCGAAUAGGCAAUUUAAUAAAACCAGUUUGAUAAAGUAUCGCUCGGCAGCGAAUUUUCUGUUUUCAGUUUGUGCCACUGCGCCCCUUUUAGUGUGUUAAAUACAUUAAAUCUGUGGUUUAUCAAAAUAAAACACCACCGUAAGUGUAGCGCGCGUUUUGUGUAAAAUUUAUACAUUUAAAGCACUUACUCGCAGCCUACGCGUUACAUACUUAAGCUCGUAUGUAUGUUAUAUGGUAGGCACAAAUCCUCAGUGUUAACAUUUUUUGAGGAUUAUGCUUUGUGUUGUAUCAAUGCCGGUUGUGUUCUACGUUUGCUGCAGCAAUAUAUUUUGAUUAUUAAAAAGUGGACUGAUUCGUAAAAACUCGUCAUAACAAAUUUCCAUCAACGAAUUAACAGCACGUGUGACUAGAUCACAGAAUUAACGAACUGCAAGAGUGACUGUACAAAUUGUUUGCUGAAGGCAUAAGCAGUGGUAGAUGAGCUAAAUAUUGACUUGUUAAACUAUUGGUUCCAAACAUAGGGUGAGCAGUAAACGACGAUAUUUUGUGCAAAUAUUAUGCGUUUGUACACGCUGUAAACGGUAAAUACAACUGUCAAACGCUGGCAAAUGUCAACUGUCAAAUUAUUGAUGUGUCAUUGUAGUCCGCAUGCCAGCUACACUUGACAAGUGAAACGAGAGCAAAGCACAAGCGAUCGUCCGCAAACGAGACAGAGCACAACAGCCAGCAAGAGCAAAAGAGUGAAAUAAGCAAUUGACAAGCAGGAAGAUAGCUGAAAAGUAAAAUAGAAGAGAAAAGUUGAAAUUGUGCUAAACUAAAGAGACAAGCGAAAUUGACAAGUGCAGCUACAUUUAAGUACAGCGGUAAAACGAGUUGAACAGUAGAUGAUAUAAGACAAGAAGAAAGCUUCAUAGAAAGCAUGAAAUAUAUGAAUAAGAGGAACGUGGUGCUUGAUAUGAGCAAGCAAAGGAAAGAGAGCUGAGACAAUUGCAAAAUUAAAUAAAUGAAAACUUGAGUUACAAGAAAAAGCUCGUAUGCAAAACUUAAGAGUAUAUAAUAAAACUGUAAAAUAAUACGAAAUAAGAAAAAGUGUUUCCAAGAUAGGCGUUAAGAAACGCAUUAAAGGAAGAAAAAGCGAAGAUAAAACGAAAAUACUAUUCUGUGAACUUUGGCUGCACUUAAAAGCGCCUAAAAGCUAAUAUAAAGCACACAAAAGCUUUAGGAUCAGCUGCAUUGAAAAAUCUGCUAAAAAACUUGAAAAUAUAAAGUUCUUAUAAAGCACAAAAAAGCUUUAAGCUCAGUUCGCCUAGAAACAGGAAACUGAAUUUGGACAAAGUAUUUGAGAAUCGCAAAAAUAUAUUGAUCGUUACAAAAUAGUCCGAAACUGGAGAAAUGUGAAAAAGCACGUAAGCACUUAAGCAUUGCAAAAGCGCGUCGAAAACUAAAAAGAGAAAGCUUUCAGCAAAAUUUGAAGAAGCAGAGAGCUUAAGUAAAAAAAAAAACUAUAUAGACAGCAGCAACAACACUUCUAUAUUAUAUAUUAUAUAAAGCAAAAACAAUUAAAUGCCGCCUGAAGUUCAACUAGCCAGCGAGUAAGUCUAAUUGAAGCGGUUACUACGAAAGCUUUAAAGAAAUUUGCAACGUAAGCAAAAUUAUUACGCAAAAAGUCACAAGUAAAGCAAGCACUUGCCACUCAAAAAUUGCCAUCCCUAAUUGUUGUUGCUGCUGCUGCUAUCGCUCCAGAACACAGCUCAACUCAAAAACCAAUAAUAUGGGGCUGCAAAUGGCAGCAGUGCCAGCAGUCAACAAUUAUGUUGCAGUCACACAAACACCAACAACAAACACACCCAACAAGCCCACACACACAGUCAUAGCCGCCAUAGCGUGCACUGUGCGCAAGCUUAACAGCGCGAUUUCAGCCACGUCCAGCAUAGCCACACUAUUGCUGUUGGUAUUGUUAACCUGGAAUCCAACAACAACAGUUGGCGUUGAUGCAGUCCAUCCACCGGAGAUCAUCAAGAAACCACAAAAUCAGGGUGUACGCGUUGGCGGUGUGGCAAGCUUCUACUGUGCUGCACGUGGCGAUCCACCACCAUCGAUUGUUUGGCGCAAGAGUUCGAAGAAAUUAUCUGGCACGCAAUCCCGUUAUACGGUUCUGGAACAACCCGGCGGUAUUUCCAUACUACGCAUAGAACCAGUUCGUGCCGGUCGAGAUGAUGCACCUUACGAAUGUGUAGCAGAAAACGGCGUUGGUGAUGCAGUAUCAGCUGAUGCUACUUUAACGGUUUAUGAAGGUGAUAAAACGCCACCCGGCUUUCCGGUAAUAACUCAGGGUCCCAGCACACGUGUCAUCGAAGUCGGUCAUACAGCGGUUAUGCAAUGCAAAGCCAUUGGUAAUCCAACGCCCACAAUUUACUGGAUAAAGAAUCAGACAAAGGUCGACAUGAGCAAUCCGCGCUACUCGAUAAAAGAUGGUGGCUUACAAAUCGAAAACAGUCGCGAAGAGGAUCAAGGCAAAUAUGAAUGUGUCGCUGAGAAUUCAGUUGGCACAGAACACUCGAAAGCAACGAAUUUGUAUGUGAAAGUACGACGUGUACCGCCCACAUUUUCACGUCCACCAGAGCCCAUUAACGAGGUGAUGUUGGGAGCAAAUUUGAAUUUAUCCUGCAUUGCGGUGGGCUCACCAAUGCCACAUGUGAAAUGGAUGAAAGGCGCCCAAGAUUUAACACCCGAAAACGAUAUACCCAUCGGUCGUAACAUUCUACAACUAACAAAUAUACAACAGAGCGCGAAUUUCACCUGCAUUGCAGCUUCGUCUUUGGGUCAAAUUGAAGCGACGGCGAUGGUGAAAGUUCAAUCACUUCCAGCUGCUCCAACAGACGUGCAAAUCUCAGAAGUCACAGCGACCUCAGUUCGUUUGGAGUGGUCCUACAAGGGACCCGAAGACUUGCAAUACUAUGUAAUACAGUACAAACCAAAAAAUGCAAAUCAGGCUUUUAGCGAAAUUAGCGGCAUCAUAACAAUGUUUUAUGUUGUGCGAGCUUUAAGUCCAUACACCGAAUAUGAAUUCUAUGUGAUAGCGGUAAAUACGAUCGGACGUGGACCGCCAUCGAAACCAGAGACUUGUACCACUGGUGAGACAAGCGAUUUCACAUUCGGAGGUGCAAAAAUGGAAAGCGCUCCACGCAAUGUACAAGUCCGACCGCUGAGUUCCUCAACAAUGGUUAUAACAUGGGAACCACCAGAGACGCCAAAUGGACAAGUGACCGGCUACAAAGUCUAUUACACAACAAAUCCCAAUCAACCCGAGGCGUCUUGGGACUCACAAAUGGUGGACAAUAGCGAACUGACAACCAUUUCGGAAUUGACGCCGCAUGCCAUUUAUACAGUGCGUGUGCAGGCAUAUACCUCAAUGGGCGCCGGUCCGAUGUCCACACCGGUGCAAGUGAAGACACAGCAAGGUGUCCCUUCACAGCCUAGUAAUUUCCGGGCCACCGAUAUCGGCGAGACCGCAGUCACAUUGCAAUGGUCGAAACCGACACAUUCCAGUGAGAAUAUCGUGCACUACGAAUUAUACUGGAAUGACACAUAUGCAAAUCAGGAUCAUCACAAGCGCAUUUCGAAUACUGAAUCCUAUACGCUUGAUGGUCUCUAUCCUGAUACCCUGUAUUAUAUAUGGUUGGCGGCGCGUUCGCAGCGCGGCGAAGGUGCAACAACACCCCCAAUACCCGUCCGUACGAAACAAUAUGUACCAGGUGCACCGCCGCGCAAUAUCACCGCAAUGGCCACCAGCCCCACCACAAUAUCCGUCUCAUGGCUACCACCGCCCGUGGAGCGUGCCAACGGUCGCAUCAUCUACUACAAGGUCUUCUUCGUCGAGGUGGGCCGUGCCGAUAGCGAAGCGACGAUAACAACCUUGAAUAAGACACACAUCGUUUUGGAUGAGUUGAAGCGUUGGACCGAGUACAAGAUCUGGACGCUGGCCGGCACCUCAGUGGGCGAUGGGCCGCGCUCGCAUCCGAUCAUUGUGCGCACACACGAAGAUGUGCCUGGAGAUCCUCAAGACGUGAAGGCGACUCCACUAAAUUCAACUUCAAUUCAUGUUACCUGGAAACCACCAUUGGAAAAAGAUCGUAACGGCAUUAUACGUGGCUAUCAUAUACACGUGCAAGAAAUGCGUGAUGAGGGCAAGGGCUUCCUAAACGAACCGCUCAAGUUCGAUGUCGUCGAUGCAUUGGAGUAUAAUGUGACAGGCUUGCAACCGGAUACCAAAUACUCCAUACAAGUUGCGGCGCUUACGCGGAAAGGUGAUGGCGAUCGUAGCGCAGCAGUGAUCGUAAAAACGCCAGGUGGUGUGCCGGUACGACCUACCGUGAGCCUAAAGAUAAUGGAACGUGAUCCAAUUGUUUCCAUCGAACUCGAAUGGGAACGACCAGCGCAAACGUAUGGCGAACUGCGUGGUUAUCGUUUACGUUGGGGUGUUAAAGAUCAACCAUUAAAGGAAGAGAUACUACCUGGACCACAAAUAACGAAGCGUCGCUUUAAUGACUUAGAACGUGGCGUUGAAUAUGAAUUCCGUGUGGCGGGUAGCAAUCACAUUGGCAUCGGUCAAGAGACUGUGAAAAUCUUCCAAACACCUGAGGGCACACCUGGGGGACCGCCCGCAAAUAUAACAGUGCGCUUCCAGACGCCGGAUGUAGUAUGCAUUACAUGGGAUCCACCAACACGUGAACACCGCAAUGGCAUUAUAACACGUUAUGAUGUGCAAUUUCAUAAGAAAAUCGAUCAUGGUUUAGGUUCGGAACGUAAUAUGACGGUGCGUAAGGCGGUGUUCACAAAUCUCGAAGAGAAUACCGAAUAUAUCUUCCGUGUACGCGCUUACACGAAACAAGGUUCGGGACCAUUUAGUGAUAAAAUCUUUAUUGAAACCGAACGCGAUAUGGGACGUGCGCCGAUGUCAGUGCAAGCGGUAGCAACAUCGGAGCAAACGGCUGAAAUUUGGUGGGAAGCGGUGCCAUCACGUGGAAAAUUGCUUGGCUACAAAAUAUUCUAUACCAUGACAGCAGUUGAGGACUUAGAUGAAUGGCAGACAAAGACAGUGGGACUUACGGAAUCGGCAGAAUUAGUUAAUUUGGAGAAGUUUGCGCAGUAUGCCGUGGCGAUAGCGGCGCGUUUCAAGAACGGUUUAGGACGCCUGAGCGAAAAGGUUACUGUUAAAAUAAAGCCCGAGGAUGUGCCAUUGAACUUGCGCGCACAUGAUGUUAGCACACAUUCCAUGACAUUAAGUUGGUCUCCACCCAUACGUCUAAAUCCGACAAAUUAUAACAUCUCCUUUGACGCCAUGAAAGUUUUUGUGGACUCACAGGGUUUUACGCAAACACAAAUUGUACAAAAACGUGAAAUUAUUUUGAAACAUUAUGUGAAAUCGCAUACAAUCAACGAGCUGAGUCCAUUCACAACGUAUAAUGUAAAUGUAAGCGCCAUACCACCAGACUACUCCUACCGCCCGCCAACUAAGAUCACCGUUACAACACAAAUGGCCGCACCGCAACCUAUGGUGAAACCAGAUUUCUAUGGUGUGGUUAACGGUGAAGAAAUAUUAGUUAUACUACCGCAGGCCUCCGAAGAGUAUGGUCCAAUUUCACAUUACUAUCUUGUUGUGGUGCCUGAGGAUAAAUCGAACUUGCACAAGAAUCCAGAUCAGUUCCUAACUGAAGAUUUGCUGCCGGGACGUAAUAAACCUGAACGUCCGAACUCGCCUUAUAUUGCCGCCAAAUUCCCACAACGUUCCAUACCCUUCACUUUCCACCUCGGCUCCGGUGACGAUUAUCAUAACUUCACCAAUCGUAAACUUGAGCGCGACAAGCGUUAUCGUAUUUUCGUGCGCGCCGUUGUCGAUACGCCACAAAAACAUCUUUACACUUCCAGUCCUUUCUCGGAAUUUCUAUCAUUGGAUAUGCGUGAAGCGCCACCUGGCGAACGACCACAUCGCCCCGAUCCAAAUUGGCCAUCCGAACCAGAAGUGUCUGUCAAUCGCAACAAAGACGAGCAGGGUAUGUGGUGGGUGGCGCUACCAGUUGUUGCCGCACUUAUUUUCACCAUAUUCGUUACCUGGUGCAUUGUGCGUCGUCGUCGUCAGCCAUGCAAAACACCGGACCAAGCUGCUGUCACGCGUCCAUUGAUGGCAGCCGAUCUCGGUGCCGGUCCCACACCCAGUGAUCCCGUCGAUAUGCGUCGCUUGAACUUCCAAACACCCGGCAUGAUUUCGCAUCCGCCCAUACCCAUUUCCGAAUUCGCCAAUCACAUUGAGCGCCUCAAAGCGAACGACAAUCAAAAAUUUUCGCAAGAAUAUGAGAGCAUUGAACCGGGACAACAGUUCACAUGGGAUAACUCUAAUUACGAUUACAAUAAAUCGAAGAAUCGUUAUGCCAAUGUAACCGCUUACGAUCAUUCGCGUGUACAAUUGCCACUGAUGGACGGCGUUAUCGGCUCAGAUUAUAUAAAUGCCAACUAUUGUGAUGGCUAUCGCAAGCAUAAUGCUUAUGUGGCAACUCAGGGACCGCUACAGGAAACUUUCAGUGACUUCUGGCGCAUGUGUUGGGAACUGAAAACCACCACUAUUGUUAUGAUGACACGUCUGGAGGAGCGUACGCGUAUCAAAUGCGAUCAAUAUUGGCCGGUACGUGGCACAGAGACUUACGGUCAAAUGUUUGUCACGAUCACAGAAACGCAAGAGCUCGCCACCUACAGCAUACGCACAUUCCAGUUAUGUCGUCAAGGUUUUAACGAACGUCGUGAGAUCAAACAAUUGCAAUUCACCGCCUGGCCGGAUCACGGCGUACCCGAGCAUCCAGCACCAUUCCUACAAUUCUUACGUCGCUGUCGUGCGCUCACUCCACCCGAUUCGGGUCCAGUUGUUGUCCAUUGCUCAGCUGGUGUUGGGCGUACUGGUUGUUAUAUUGUUAUCGAUUCGAUGUUGGAACGUAUGAAACAUGAGAAGAUUAUUGACAUAUACGGACAUGUGACUUGUUUGCGCGCUCAACGUAACUACAUGGUACAGACUGAGGAUCAAUACAUAUUCAUACAUGAUGCCAUAUUGGAGGCUAUCAUUUGCGGUCAAACCGAGGUACCAGCACGAAAUUUACAUACCCACCUACAAAAAUUACUACUAACCGAACCGGGUGAAAAUAUCACUGGCAUGGAAAUGGAAUUUAAAAAGCUCUCCAAUGUUAAGGUGGACUCAUCGAAAUUCGUCACCGCUAAUUUGCCAUGUAAUAAGAAUAAGAACCGUUUGGUACAUAUACUACCAUAUGAAUCGAGUCGCGUCUACCUUACACCCAUACAUGGUAUUGAAGGUAGUGACUACAUCAAUGCUAGCUUUAUUGAUGGCUAUCGCUAUCGUUCGGCUUAUAUUGCCGCUCAGGGUCCGGUACAGGAUACUGCUGAAGAUUUCUGGCGUAUGCUGUGGGAGCACAACUCAACAAUUGUUGUUAUGCUAACUAAGCUCAAGGAGAUGGGCAGAGAAAAAUGCUAUCAGUAUUGGCCACAUGAACGCUCAGUACGCUAUCAAUAUUAUGUGGUGGACCCCAUUGCUGAAUACAAUAUGCCACAAUAUAAAUUACGCGAGUUCAAGGUCACCGACGCACGUGACGGCUCUUCACGUACCGUACGCCAAUUUCAAUUCAUCGAUUGGCCAGAGCAAGGUGUACCCAAGUCUGGUGAAGGUUUUAUUGAUUUUAUCGGUCAAGUGCAUAAGACAAAAGAACAAUUCGGUCAAGAUGGACCGAUUACGGUGCAUUGUAGCGCUGGCGUGGGUCGCACUGGUGUCUUUAUAACACUCAGUAUUGUAUUGGAACGUAUGCAAUAUGAAGGCGUAUUGGAUGUAUUCCAAACGGUGCGCAUACUACGUGCCCAACGCCCGGCAAUGGUGCAAACGGAGGAUCAAUAUCACUUCUGCUAUCGCGCCGCUUUAGAGUAUCUCGGCUCAUUUGACAACUACACUAAUUAAGUUCAGAGUUCUUUUUUCAAUUCUUAACAACAUACUUGUUAGCUGCAAUACACUAUAAAUUUGAAUUAAAAAACUCAAUGUGGGAUUUUCCGAAAGUUACACACAAAGCGAGCUUUUAUUUUGUCUAUGCGCCUAAACUGCUGCGUAUAGUAAGCACGCCGCAAAAUGAAUGCUGCCCUUGCAAUAUCAUCAGGAACUGGCUAUAUGGAUUCUUCGCAACUUGUUCAGUCAUGAAUAAACGAAAUUAAAACACGCCACAAAAUAAAAAAAGAACAAAACGUAUCGCUAUUGUAUUCACUAAAUGCUAAGUUAAAUUGCUUAGGUUCUAAGCACAAAGAAUGUUAUAGAAAAGAACAAAUAAUUUAGAAAAAACAUACAUAUUCAUACAUAUGUACUUAUGCGCGUAUGUGUCUAAUUUAAGGCAAUUUAGUUGAUAAUUAUAUUAAGUUAAGUAAAGUAUAAUGUUAGAUUGUUUACAAUUACACCAUCAGCUAAUUUAGAAAGCAUAGUCACCUAACUGCCCCAUACAAACCAUAUUUGUCUUUUAAGUUAUUUGUGAACUAAAAAGACUGUUAUGCAUUAAAUUGAUUGACUAAUCAGUAAUAUUUACUAAAUGAUAAAUUCAAUGCAUUAGCUGUACUAAUGAUUACCUUAACAUAGAAAUUGAGUAUAAAUUGUAACUAUACAAAAUAUUUAUCGACUAAUCGAUUAAUUCACUAACAAUUAUUUAAUUUUUGAACUAAUGAAAAUUGUGCGUGCAAAGAAAAUAUUAUUUGCACAAAAAAUAUAAAUAAUACAGUGCUUAAUUUAAACGAAAAAAACAAUCAAAAUUAAGUAUGUAGAAUGAUAAUUGUAAAUGUUAGUUUGUCCACUAAAAAUUAUUGUUAAUGUCUUAAGAGGUGCGCAUAACUUUUAAUAUUUGUAAAUGUUUUUAUUUUAAUAAUAUGCUUAGUGAUACAAUAUUUUAGACGAGAUUACACUGAAGCUAAUGCAAUUGAACUUUCUUUUAAAUAUUUUCAUGUAUUUUUGUUUUCUGCGUUAGCUAUAAAAAUAAUUAAUUAGAGGUACAAUAUUUUAGACGAGGCGACACUUAAAGCUACAGUUUAAUUAUAUGUUUUAUUAAUUUUUUUGUGUUUAAAACUUUUCUUUAUUUUGUACUUAUCAUGCGCUAUAAAAAUUUUUUUGUUUAAGCUAUUAGUUGAAAUAUAAUUGAAAGCAAUAUUUUUUAUAAAGGCAUCUUAGCACGUAUAUUAAUAAUAUUUCAUCGACAUUGGCAACUAAUAACCUCUUUGAAUCUCAUUGCAAAAGUCAAUAAUUUAAUUUAUAAACAAGUGAAUGACUAAUUUUUUUUAAAUUAAUAAUAAGACAUUAUUUUUAGAUGAUGUUAAAAGUAAAGUUGAAAAAUAUUAAGUCAGUUUUUUUUGACUAAAUUUUUAUAUAGUUUAUAUAACUCUCUAUAUAAUUUGCAAGUAAUUUAUACUAUUUUAUUUUAUUUAAUUUUUUUUAUUUUUUUAAUAUUGUAUUUUACAAUUUAAUUAGUGUUCGAUCAUGUUUUUAUUGCAGAAAAAAAAUAUAUAAAGAGAAAUCAACACCGCUCCUUAUCUAUUUCAAAGCUUCAGUAAAUUAUUUUAUUAUUUAUAAUUAAAUCUACAUAGUAUACUAAUAAUGUUUAAUUAUUAAUAUAAUAUUAAUGUAAAUAAUAUCUGUAUAUGUAAAUUUAAAAUUAGUUCUGUUUAUAGAACAAUAUCACAACAAGAAAACCUUACAAGAAAUUUAUUUUAUAAUUAAUAAUAUUAUUUUAGUUACAGAUUUUUAAAUUUUCAAGUAUCACAACAAGAAAACUUUUAAAAAAAUGCAUUUUAUAAUCAUCAAAUAUUGAUUAAGUUACAUACUUUUUAAGUUUUUAAAUUUAAAAAUGUAUAAGUUUAAAUUGUAAAACUUUUUUUAUGAUAUUUCCACGCUUUUCAUAUAACCAAAAUUUCAAAGUAAAUAUAUAAAGCAACAACGACCCGGCAGCUCUUCCGCAACAAUCACUUUGUAAGGACUUAAAAUGAAACCAAUAAGAUUUUGUAAAAAAAUAGUAAACAUAAAAUAAAUAGCAAAAUGCAAUAGUAAGAAUGCUUAUAUGAAAUUGUAAUAAGGCAAAGUAUUACAGUGAAAUAAUGUAAUACAUUUUAUUUUGCAAUGUAUUAGUUUUUAAGUUGUAAGUAUUGCAGUAAAAUCAUGUAAUAUUUUUUAGUUUAUAAUAAAUUAGUUUUUAAUAGAAAAAUUUUUCCGCCUAUAAUUUUUAGUUUUUAAGCUCCAAUUUUUUUUCUGUCAUGUGUUUGAUAUUCAUUUUUUACCAGCAGCUAAUUCAAUGAAACAAUUUAUUUUUUUUUUACUUUAAUAAGGUUUGAAACUUCCAUAGCAAUAAAAAAAGUGCAAACAUUUUAUCAUUGUUGUAAUAUAAUUAAAAAAUUUAUAAUACAACUAUAAUAUGUGCAAAGCUAUUCAUUUGAUUUUUUAAUAAAUAAUUUUAAAAAUGUUUGGUUUAGUUUCAGCUGUGGAAAAUCAAAAAAUGGCCAGUAAAGUAGUAGCUGCUUUUAUAUAUAUAUAUUUUCAAAAUAUUUAUCUUUUUUUACAAUUAGUAAAAUUAGUUACAAUUUUUUUUUAUUUUCAAUUACAACUAUUUUUACUUUUUUCUGUAAUGUAAUUUUUUUAUGCCGUCCUCAAUUGCCCAUAUAAAGUUAAAAGUUUAUCCAAAAAAUUCAAUUGCUCUAAAAACUAAUUCUAAAAUACAUUUUUUUAAACACCUAAAAUAUACGUAGGUUAAUAAAAUAGUAAAUUUUUUUUAAAUAAAUAUUUUGUAUUGAUUGCCUUAAAGUUAUUUUUUAUUGUAAAAUUUUUUUACUAAAUUAGUUUUUUACUGAUUGCCCUAAAUCAAAAUUAUUUAUCUUGCCCCAAUGGUUACUCUGCCAACUCUUAAUUCAGUUUUACUCUGGUUUUUAGCACAUUCUGCCUUAAUUAACUUAAGUUCCCUUUUAUAAACAUUAGUUAUUCCACUUUUUAACCUUAAUUUUAAUUUUUAAGUUAAUUAAUGUGUAAUUCUUUAUAUAAUAAACUGUGUAUUUUAAAUUUUGUAAAUUUUUUAAUAAAGUGAAGCAAUUUAAUUUAAUAAAAAAUUGUUUUUUUGUUUACAUUUUUUUAGUUAUUUAGGCAAGUUAUGAUUUUUGUGACCUUGAUAAAUUUUAUAAAUAUUUAAGUUUAUAUUUUUCAAUACGAAAUCAGAGUUCAUAAAAUAUAAGCGUGCCGCUUGAUGUUCCAUAUAAGAGAUUUUAAAAUUAAUGGAUAAAAAAAAUUAAUGUCAAAAAUUUCGAUAUGAAAAUAUUUUUUUCUGUAAUUUUCAUUUAGUCUAAGAAAGAAAUAUCAGCUCGUAAUUUGGUCAUUGAUGUUUCAUAUAAGAUAUUAAAUUUAAAUGAAAAAAAAAUUCGAUAUUAAAUUUUUUUUUCGGUAAUUUUGUUUUAAUAUCUCUUGAUAAAAAUGACAUUUUGAAAAAAAUAGUGCAAAUUUUUAAACAUACAUAUAUGUAUAUUUCUCACAAACAUUUUUAUUUUUACUUAUACGUUUUGAUUUAUUUCCUCUUAGUAAAAAAAUAAAUUUGAAAACAUUUUUGAAUAAUAAUUGAAUAUUUUUAUUUCUCACAAAUAUUUGUUUUAGUAUAUUAAAUUUAAUAUUUCUAAGUAAAAAUAUAAUUUUGAAAAAAAUUAUAGCAAAUGAAUUAAAUAGAAAUAAAUAUACUUACGAUUAUUAUUUUUAAUUCCUUAUAAAAAUAAAUUUAUUUUAAAAAAAUCUUACAGCGUUGUUAAUUGAUAUAUGUGAAGAAUGAUUGAGAACGAACUUUAGAUUAUGUAUAUUUUAGAAAAUUAGUAUGAAAGUGCGCAUUAAAAUCAAUGUAGAAAAAAAAUAUAAAUAGUAAUCAUAUAUAAAAAAAUAUUUUUUAAUUAUAAGUAUGACUAUGUAUAAAAAAUAUAUGUAUCUACAAUAUAUAUAUAAACAGUAAAAUAAAAUAUUCAACAAAGCACGAACUCUACUCCAAAACCUAUAUAACGACUAGCAAAAUCCAAGCAGGAAUUGUGAAAUGUGUAGUUGAAAAAUUAAAACUGCUGAGGCAAACAAAAAAGUUGAGACUUUAGAAUUACAAAAAAAUAAUUAGUGUAAACAGCACGUAACGUGUAAAUACGUUGUAAGCACGCCAUUAAUCACAGAAUAUGGUAAAAAAUUCAUGAAAUAUAUAUUGAAGUUAUAAAAAUUAUAAAAUAUAAAUAUAAUUUAUUUGAGGUAGGUAUAAAUUAUUAUAGAAAAGUAUAUGAUGUCAUAGUUUUCUUGCAAUAGUUCAAGAGAGAAAUGUAGGUUCACAAACAUAAACGAAACAAAAAUAAAAACACACGCGUAAAUUUAUAUACAUAAAUUAAAUAUACUACAUAUUAAAUAAUAUAGUGACAAGCAUAUAUCAACAGCAAAAGUUUAAGUCUGAGCGUUGAAAUUAUAAAAAAUACUGUGUAAGUAUAUAUAAGCUAAUAUAGCAGACAUACAAAUAAUUAUAUAGAAAAAUGUUGUGUAAGUAGGAUUCGCAAAUUAAUAAAUUAAAAAAUGCAUAAUGUAGAAUACUUAAUUUAAGGAAAUUAGAGUGUAUGAGUAUAUAAAUAUUAUAAAACACAAUUUUAAGUCAAACAUAAAAAAAGCUAUAUAUAAGCAAAUAAAAAUAAUCCAUAGGACGGAAUAAGUGCAAUAACGCUUUAGUAUUUAAUAAAUAUAUAUAUAUAUAUAUAAAUAUAUAGUGUAAAAGUGCAUACAUGAAAAAAGUAUAUUAAUAUAUAGCGUAAAUAUGUUAAAAAAGCCAUUUUAAGAUCUAAGCUACUGUAUAAAAAAUAGCACAAAAAUAGAAGAAGAAAAUUAUAUGAGAAUUUGUAAGAUUUAAAAGCAUUUUAUCGUAUAUAAAAUAUUCACUUAGAGAGCAUACAUAUUUGAAGAGUUGUAAAGUAACGAAAACAUAUAUAAAAAAUAAAAAAUAAAAGUUAUUAGAAAAACAUUGGUGUAGAUAUAUAUUGGCUUCAACUUUUUAUUUUUGCUUGGUAGAAAGUUUUUAAUUAAAAUUAACUGACUUUAGUUACCAAUAAAAUAAUUAAAAAAAUUAAAAACUUAGAUUUUUCAAUGUGCUUACCAUAAAUAAUUUUUCACAAAUUUUCGAUAUAAUAUAUGCGUUCAAUUAAAAACUAUAUAUUAUAAAAACAACUUUAGUUAUCAAUGAAAUAAUGAAAAAAAGUUGAAAUUUAGAUUUUCUCUACUGUAAAUGAUUUUUCGCAAUUUUCCAAUAUAAAAAUUUGUUUUAAAAAAAAUAUUUGCGGCUUUGCAAAAUCUAAAUUAUAGUACGAAAUUAAAAAAUAAAACGGAAUUCAGUUAAAAAAUUUGCUUAACCCGUUAUAUACAUAUUCUUAUAUGCAUUUAAAUAUUGUAUUUAUAACAAAAACCAUCUGAUUUCCAAAAAAAAAGUUAAAGUCUCUACAGUCUAUACUACCCUCACCUUUUUAUAAUCUGUAUGUAGCUAUUAAUUUAGAUUUGUAAUAACAGUGAAAAAAAGAAAAAAUAAAAAAAUAAAGAAAAUGUUGCAUAACGUUAAGUAUUAUUAUGAUUAUAUAGAUUUAUGAUAAUGAAUGCUAAAAAGUAAUGAAAUGUGUUGAGGUCGAUUUUUGAGGGUGCAGUAUAAAUGGAUGAAGUAAAUAAAAAUAUAAAGAUAAAUAUGAAA